UUUUAUAUUUGUUUUUAGUUUUAUAUUCGUCUCAAUAAUGUUGUUGUGAUAAAAUUAAAAUACUGCGAGAAGGUUUUAAACUACUAUUCUUAUGAAUGCAGGAAAAAAUUGAAAUUGUUUGUAUCAGUUACAUUAUCAAAAUGAAGAACAAAUCCAUCAGCCCAAGUGAACUGUGAUACCUUUUAAGUAUACAUACUUUUUUUAUUGAUUAAGAGUGUUAUUGAUAAAACUACAAGAAAUUGUGUAGUAUUUUAUUUAAAAUGAAACAGGACAUUUGGUCUAUGGUUGUUUCUUACGUUCUUCUAAUCACAAUAUUAUCGAUCGUACAGUUGUCUGAAGCGAGAGAAACUGUUUUAGAAGUGGUGAACCGCCUAGAGCCAGAACUGCGGGAGAGAGCCAGGGAUGUUCGACAGUUGGUGUUACCUUUGCCGGAAACUCAGUUCCAGAGGGUACUGAAGGAAUUUGUACAACAAAGAGUGCCUGUCUAUGCCGAGACCGAGCGAUGUAGACAGGACAGUCAGCUGGUGGUCGACUCCAUCGUCGAGGGAGAGACUUGGGCCCUACGUAUGCUUGACGCAUCCACUAAACUCCCCAGCGGACUUCUAGAUGGAAGUUUGAUAGAUCUCGGUAACUACUAUGAGUGUAUCCAGAAUGUUGGACCAAACGGAAUGUUCACUGGACAACAUUGCCUGGUGGAAACCAGGGGAAUACUUCCGCCAGAACUGCACAACCUGCUAAAUGUUGAUUUGUCGGACGCGCCCCCAGAGAUGGGCCUAGAGAGAUGGUUCCUGUUGCUGGACUUGGCGUUCUCUGUGUGUGUUCCGUCCAGCUGCUCUGCCCGAGACGUCCAAGUCCAUAUGGACCGUGUCCUAGCGUCCAUUAACGCCUCCUCUGUUAUGUACGAUAACAGUUGCUCUACUAUCCAGCCAAUGCCCUACAGAGUAAUGGACUACGUUGCCAUGUCAGUUUUUCUUAGUAUUUUGGCAGUGGUUCUGUAUAGUACGAUCAAGGAUACGUACUCAUCAGGACACAAAUCAGAUAUUGUCGCAGCGUUUUCUCUGGUACGCAAUUGGAGGGAACUGGUAGACACUAAGGCCGGUAACGCUGCAGACGACAUAUCCUGUCUACAUGGGAUGAGAGUGUUGUCAACGGCAAUGAUUGUUUUCACCCACCGAGUCACGGCUACACUGCUCAAUAACACCUUGCCCGUCUUUUCCACCUAUGAGGCGUUAGACUCUGUAAUGGUCACCUUGUGUGAAAACUUCCUUCGAGGAGUCGACAUCUACUUCAUGAUUGGUGGAACUGUCAGAGCGUAUGGAUUCUUCCGAGACAGAUAUAAGGGAAAACCACUCGACGUCCUGCAAUCAAUCGGAAAACGUUAUUUAAGAUACACCCCGACUCUGGCUGUGGUGAUGCUGUAUACUGCCACGUUGCUGAUUCACUCUUCCAAUGGACCAAUGUGGGGUCGGUACAUGGACUAUACAACUUGGUGUUGUCGAAACAACUGGAUCACCGGUGUACUUCACAUCUCCAACUACAUUUUCCCCGUUGUGGCUUGUGUAGGAGAGAGUUGGUAUUUAGCCGCAGACUUUCAUUUGUUCAUCUUAGCUCCAUUGCUUCUUAUUCCUCUCUACUUUAGGCCUCGACUCGGCAUAUCACUGCUUACAUUGGCCACUCUCGGAUGUUUGGGGGUUUACGCCUCAACUUCCUACGUAAACGAGAUUGACGCUUGUAACUUUGGGAUGAAGUACAAGAGGAAAAAUGAAUUUUUCUUGGGGUCAUAUUUCCAAACCCAUCUUCGAGCCCCAUCUUAUUUUCUUGGUUUGGGUUUGGGAUAUUCUCUCUUCAGCUUAUCACGGUCUAAUACACGACUUAAACUCUCUAAAGUGGUUCUAUGGAUGGUAUGGUUGCUUUCCCUUGCUUCACUGGUCUUUCUUCAUGUGGCUACAAAGACAAUCCUAUCUCAAAACUACGAGUACACUCCUUGGCUUGAUGUUUACCACAACGCCUUCAGCAAGUUCCAAGUGGCGGCCAUUGCUGCGUGGAUCAUCCUAGUGUGCACACAAGGAUACGGAGAAAUACUUAACGAUUUCUUGUCUUGGCGAGGCUUUCAACCGCUGGCUCGGCUUGCUCUUGGUGUUUACUUGGUCAACUUCGGACUUAUAUUUACACCACAAAACGCUCGGCAAACUGCACCUGCGGAGGUGGAUCAAGUCACCAUUGUUUAUCUAUGGUUCGGAGAUUUGGUAAUUGCAACAAUAAUGGCAACUCCAUUGUAUCUCUGUGUGGAGUUGCCGUGCUGCAAAUUGGCUUCUAAAUACCUGACAACUCCUGUCCCUUACGAUCCCAUCCUCGCAAACUUCAGUGCCAAGAAACAGCGGCUGCAGAAAACUUCCACUUCAAAAACAUCUCAACCUGUAUCUCCUCAACCAGCCACAGAAACAUCAUCAAGGAAAGUAAAGAAGAAAGGGAAAAAAUAAUUGUAAAAUUUAUUUGUUAUUUUAAUAAAACACCAAUCAUUUUUUA